GUUUUGUGGCUAUUAUAGUAUCUUUAUAUAGUUAGAUAGUUGUAAACAAAUAUUUUAAAUUUUUAAUAUUAAUUAUAUUAUUAAUAUUUAAUAAUUAAUAUAAUAUUAUUAAAUUAAAAACACCACAAUGCCAUAGACCUUCAAAGUAUAAUAUGUCUUUAUUUUUAUUUUUUGUAUUUUAAUGGAGUCUGCAGAGUGGCAUGAGACCGUUUUUGUGAUUGGUAAGAGAACAAAUGCUGGAACAUUUGAUAAUGAAAAUUGCAAAGUGUUUGAUAAAAACGGUUAUUGUUGGAUUGUUGAGCAAGAGUUUUACAAAAGAUUAGAAUUACCUGAAGAUCCAUGUAAAUGGGAUCAAGUGCAAGUUCUAACUUGGAUGAAAUGGGCUAAAAAUGAAUACAACUUAACUAAUUUAAAUAUUACUAAAUUAACAAUUAAUGGAAAACAGUUAACGUCAGACAAUUUUAGUUGGAAUAUUGCUGGUUUAGAGAACAAGUCUUUAAAUGAUGAUUUUUGGACACAUAUUUGUCUGCUCAAAACUAUGCACAAAAUAUACAUUAAACAAAACGAUGAAGAAUGUAUUGAUAUAUGUGUAAUUCUGAACUAUAAAAAUAAAAUGUAUUUAAAUUCUGAUUUUAAUCAUGGUGUAGAAAUUUGGCAAUUUCUACUAAAUUUAUUAACAGAUAGUGGAUAUCAAAAUGUGAUUGAAUGGGUCAAUAAUGAAGGAACAUUCAAAAUAAUUAAACCAAAUACUAUAAGUAUCAUGUGGGGUUUAGUUAAAAACAAUUGGAAAAUGAACUAUAAUAAAAUGGCUGCAGCAUUAAGAUACCAUUAUGGAAAAGGCAUUAUCGAACGUGCCAAGGGAAAACAUGUUUAUAAAUUUGCUGGUGAUAUAAAAACUAUGAUUGGUUAUAAUCCUAUGGAUAUGAAGAAUAUGUUUCAACAAGAAUCUAAUUAAGAUUAAAAAGCUGAGUUAAAUAAGUUAAAGUACCUAUUAAAUGUACCUAUUUGUACGAUCCUUAUAAAUGGGAAAAUGGUUUUAACAAAAUGUUGACCUUAAAAAUACAAAUAAAUUACCUAUAAUAUUUUAUUUUAAAAUAUGAUAGAUCCCAAUCUAUAUUUUAUAUUCUCUCAGUAGUCAGUAUUGUACAUGGAUAAUUUUUUAAGCUUUUGAUUUAUAUUUAUUAUUUAUUAGUUGUUAUGUAUAGUUAUCUAAAGAUAAUUAAAUAUUUUUUAUUGAAGUGCGUGUAAAUUAUAUUAACAAAUUUUAAAUUUAAAUUGAAUAAUUAUGGUGCUACCGUAGUUACCAUUUUAUUUUACUAUUUAUAUUUUUGAAAGCUAUAAUAUUUGGUACCAACAAUUUUUAAUAGUUUUAUAAGCUAAGAAACCAUUUGAUUCUUAUAUUAAAUUUCAAUUUAUGAACCUACUUUAUACAUUAAAUAUAAUAUAAAAAAUAAUUACUGUUA